AUGGCUGGUCAACCUACCAUGCUCAAGCUCUUCGGAAUCCGCUCUCGCUCUCGUUCCCCUGCUGGCGAGAAGAAGGAGCCCACAUCUGAACCUCCCGUCGAGCACCACGACGCGGUGGCUGGCAGUGACCAUCAAGCUGAAUCGCAUACGAGCGACGCAGAGCAUACUCCCGAUACCCAUAUAGACGCUGCGACUCACAGUUCACCACUCUCAGAGGCGAAGACACCUGCUUCCCCUUCUACGGCUGGCUCCGGAGGAGAGGAGCAACAGAAUUCCAAAAGGCCUACUGAGAAUGCUCAGCGACGCUUCUCAUGGCUGCCCCUCGGGAAGGGUGCCAACCCAGAGGUCAAGCCUACAACCCAGGAGCAGGAGAAGAAACCCGUGGUAGAGCAACCAGCAUCCAGGCCGACGAUAGCCCGCACGCGCUCCGAGAAGCAAGCUCAGCAGUCCGCAUUGGUCCUUCGCGAACUCAUCGUCGGCCCAUCUUCGACUGCAUCCAGCAAGUCCAAGUCCAAGUCCAAGGCUACAUCUGGUGCUGAUGUAGAUAAGGUCAAGGCGCAGCUGGGACGGCCAAAGUCAGCGAACAAGGUGAUUGCGCAGCUCCGGCAGCUGUCGUCUUCAGACGAGCCUGUUGUAGUGGGGACAGGUCCGAACGGGGAAAAGCUAACCGCUGUCCAAAAGGGACCCAUCCAUGCCGUAUGCCUACCGUAUCGCGAUGCAGAAGCACACGAGCGCCAUUUCUCCCAGCUCGCGCAAAAUAAGGCGACAACGGCCGCAUCUGCACAACCCCCGAAGACGACAGACACGAAGACGAGUGUACAUAGCGUUCAUGUAGAGUCGACAACUACGACCGCAGAGGUCGUCAGUGUUGCGAACGCAUCUAUCACCACGCUGAAAACCGUCUUCUCAGAGAUGAAUCUUGUCAGCCUUAUCACGACACCUGACCUUGGCCUCAAUGGACCUCCGGACGGCCCAGGGAUAUUGAGCGGCGCAUUGCCCACAGCUCAGAUAAUUCUGGAAGGUGUAGAACAGAUCACGCCCCAGCUGAUGGCGCUAGGGUAUGCCACAGGGAAAGCAGUGAUGCCUGACCAUGCUGGUGUUCACCCUCCUACGGAUCGAAUGUCGGCGAUCACCUAUUGGUGGGGCUUUGAGAUUGUGUUACCCCCGCCCUCAUUGGAAUAUCUCCAGAAUGUUCCCUCGAUCACCCAUGCUGUCAUCAAUUUCCUGACCGCCUUGUCUUUGGUCGAAGGAGGUGUACGCGAAAUCAUGCCUUUCAUUCGUUACAUUUCCCAGUUCAUUGAUACUGAGUUUAACAUGAUCCAAGGCGAGGAUCAGGGCCAAGGAGUUGUAUGUGCUGCCACUUGGAUUAUGCCCGCUGCAUUGGUCCCACGACCUUGGGAUUUCUCGCCUCCUCCUAAGGCAGCAUCAAUAGACACGUCAGCGGAGAAGCCCACAUCCGAUACAGCUACUUCUACGCCUGCAAUCGCUCCUGCGAAUAUGUCGGUACCAACAAUCGUCGUCGCAAGCGAUACGCAGGAUCAGAAGGUUGAAACGGCUCCGCCCCAGAUUGAGCUGACUUCAGUACCAUCCCCCUCCUCGGAAGUUCCCAAGGCUACAGCGGAGAAUGAGGCCGGUCCCGCCGCAAUUGCACUGGCCGCGUGA